UGAUCGAGGAGAGUUGUAAGGGAGGUGGAGCUAUUGUUGAAUGAGUCGUAACUAAAAUUCCGACCGCUCGCAAUUUAAAUGUGGUAGGCUAUAAGAACGAGGCACCAGCAGCACUGUGAGCAGUUAUCUAACAAACUUUGAAGUGUUAUUUUUAGACGAACACUAGCAACACUGACUCAAGGGAGGACAAUCAGCAUUCAUUAUUGUUUUCGAUAGUAAGAGGCUACUGCUACUGCCUGUAACAUUUUGGAUUAUGAUGGAUGUAAGGACUUCCGUUCACUUUGGAGUGUCACUCUUAUCGGUACUUUUCACGAUUGGAGCAUCUGGUGAGUAUUAUUUCCCAGAGGCACAGAAUGUUAAAUGGGUGUCCAAUAACUUCAAGACUAUUCUAACAUGGGGCCCUGAACCUACCAACUACACAUACACCGUUGAAUUUUCUGAGGUCGGCAAGGAUAGACGGAGGAACCCCUACUGCAUUCGGAGCUCGGGGACAGAGUGUGACCUCACCAACGAGCUGCGGAACCUGGAGGAGACCUACUCUGCCGACGUCCUAUCAGAACCCCUGCCUGGCGUGAACUCUGACCUUGUAGAGUUCCCCUACACCCGGGCCGAGAGGUUCUGCCCCUACAAAGACACUCAAAUAGGAGCACCCAGAUUCAACAUCAAGCAGAGCGAAGACAAGACCAAGAUGACACUCCACAUACAGGACCCUCUCACUCCCAUCUACAAAGAUGACCAGCUGUUGACUAUCAGAGACAUCUUUAAGAAUGACCUGAAGUACAACGUCGUAUACAACAAAGCCGGGAGCACAGGAAAGAAAGAGACAAUGUCAGACCUGAGAGAUGUUGAGCUGACCAACCUGGAUAAAGGAGAGAGCUACUGCUUCAUGGUGGCAGCCUAUAUCCCUUCUCGCUCUGUGGAGAAGAGACUUGGAGAUUGGAGCAAGCCGCAGUGCUCACCCAGAGAGAGCAAGACCAUCUUUGAGGAAUUCCCCUUUGGUGUGAUCGCAGGUGCCAUCGGCAUCAUGCUGGUAAUGCUCAUCAUCCUCAUCACUCUGACUGUGGUGUGCUGCAAACGCUUAUGCUGCAAAAACAAUACAACUGUGGACAAGGAGAACCUGCAGUUGAGUCCAGUGUAAAGGUUUGUGUAUGUAUAGAGUAUGUGUGUCUUAUAAAUAAUGGUACUUCACUAAAUCAACCCUUUCAGAGGGAGGGAGCUGAGCUCCCAAUAAUUUAGCCCAAAUGUGUCUUAACACUGGAAAUGCAUGAGGUCUGUCUCAUUAUUAGCUGGUUCUUUUAAAUGGGUAGAUAAUUUUUUACACUACUUAUUUAUUUGUUUAAUAAUGUUGAACAAGUAAAUUAGAUGAAUCCUUGAGAAAUACAUAUUUUUGCCACUAUGUAGAAAAAAACAUUUAAUUACUUGGCCACUUAUUUAUUUCAAUCAAUGUUUUUUUGUUUGUUAAAUAUUUAUUUUUGUAUGUCUAAUAUGUUGAUGUAUUGAAUGGGAUUGUUGAAUGGGAUUUGUCCAUAUUGUGUGCUGUUGGAACAUGGAUUUGAUCACUGUGGUGCAUUGUGGUACUUUUAAUUUUGUUUUACAAUUAAAUGUAUUGAUAUGA